AUGCACCAACGAGAAUUACUACGAAGCCACCGAGGAAUCAAAAACGAGAAGAAACUAGACAACACAAAUGAACACUCCACCAAGCGCAGUCUUGCCCAUUUCAAGUCUCGCAACAUCAACAACACACCUGUGAUGAUCGAGUGGAUCACCGUACCAAGCAGCUUAUCUGCUGAAAUCAAGGAGGCUUCCCAAAACCAGAUACACGACCUCGCUUUACUACUACACUCAGAAAAGAAGCCCCAGGAGUUCAGGACUCUAGAGUGCAUAGCCAUGGUCGAUAUGCCCGUCGCAGAAGAAGAGGACGCGCAAUACGGUUUGGUCUUCAAGCUUGAGGAGGGGCAGCAGGUUCAUACGCUUCUGGAGCUGCUGAGCAGGGACGGCUCUACGCCCAAGUCUCUCACUGAACGGUUGAAACUUGUCAAGCUGCUUUCCAAAACCCUGCUGUUUCUUCAUUUAGGGUCGUGGCUGCAUAAAGGUAUACGGAGCGACAAUGUCCUGUUUCUAAGUAGCGACAUAUCGAGUGUCGAUCUUGGCGCUGCAUACAUUGGUGGCUUCGACUACAGUAGGUUGUUCCGCGAGACGAGACUGACUCAAAAUGUUGGGGACAAUAGAUAUCAAAAUCUGUACCGGCACCCUGACCAUCAAGGCCUUCCAGUGCAGGAGAAUGGCGAGUCAGCUGACAGACCGCCUUUCUCAUACAAGGCCGACCUGUACAGCCUUGGUGUUAUACUCGUCGAGAUUGGUUUAUGGUCGCCGAUUAUCAAGCUUCUAGAUGCUCGGGGGAUUCAAGACGAAGACAAAAGUCCGCGGAAGACAACACUUGAUAUGAUUCCUGAAGUCAGGAUGAGUAUGGGUGAUGCUUUUGCCGACGCAGCCUCGGCGUGCUUGAGGAGUGACUUUGCAACAGGCGAGGCUGAACAGCCAGAGAGUGUUCAAGAAACCUUUUAUUUGUCUGUGGUCAGACUGCUAGAGCGUUGCUUUAUAUAG